GGUAUGGACAUAGUUCGCUGUUCGGGCAUGCUGCCUAUUGUCUGGUAUGGAAUUGGUUUGUGUUUGCUGAUUUAUCUAUACGGCAGAUGGCGACUUCGAAUGCUUCCCAACGCUGGAAUCCCGGGACCCUCUCCAACUGUAUUUCUUGGAAACUUGAAACAAAUGGCAACAAAUGGCCUUGUCGACCGCCAUCGCCGACACAGGAAAACGUACGGGAAGGUGUACGGUCAGUACCUGGGCGCGCUACCAUACAUUUUCGUUCAUGAUUUGGAUAUUUUGAAGGAAGUUUUUGUGAAGAACUUUGAUAAUUUCAUGAAUAGAAUGUCCAUAUUCCAGUCGCUCAACAUGAAUCCACACCCUAUAGACAUCGCACUCACCUUUGCCAGGGGGGAUUCAUGGUAUCGACUUCGCCAUAUCAUGACUCCUGCCUUCACUGGGUCAAAACUGAAGAACACGUGUGCUCACAUCAACACAGCGGCGGAGUCCCUGGCCAGGAACCUUGCCGAGGCUGCAGGACACACAGACGCCAUUUAUUUGAAAGAGUAUUUUGUAGCUUUCGCCCUGGACACUAUUGCCGGAACAGCCUUCGGUAUUCAAAUAGAUUCUCAGAAGGAUCUUUCGAACCCAUUUGUUGUCAAUUCGUCGAAGUUGUUUUCAAGUGGAUUCGUCAAAAAUAAAUUCCUGUUAUUGUCUGCAAUGUUCCCUGCUCUUAAACCUCUGCUGAAGCUGUGUGGGGUCUACACAUUCACCAGCAGUGCCGUCAACUUCUACAGAGACACAGCCGAAAGAAUCUAUGUGCAGCGGAGACAGCUGUUUGAUAAAACGAAGAUGGAUAUUCUUCAACUUUUGAUUGACGCUAAAGGUAACACGGUUGGGAAAGGAAAGACAUCCUCACAAGCUAAACGCUUGUCGCCGGAUGAAAUAUAUGCCCAGGUUGUGUUCUUCUUCGGUGCUGGGUUCGAGACCGUCUCAACGUCCCUGCAGUUCAUGGCCUAUGUUCUGGCUACUCAUCCCCAUGUUCAGAGGAAACUUGUGGAGGAAAUCCACUCCGAGAUUGGUGAUGAGGAGACGACGUAUGACAACAUACAGAAGAUAGAAUAUCUGGAACACUUCAUCCGGGAGACCCUCAGGCUCUACCCUUCAAUUCCCCUGGUAGCCAGGGAAACUGUGAACACGGUGGAAAUCAAGGGCUACACUUUCCCUAAAGGCUCCGUGGUUGUAGCCCCAACCCUAGAAAUACAGAGAGACCCAGAAUAUUUUGAUCACCCAGAUUCGUUUGAUCCUGAUCGGUGGAAAGAGACGAUUAAUCCUUUGCUAUGGCUUCCGUUUGGCUACGGCCCACGCCAAUGUAUUGCAAUCAGACUGGCAUUGAUUGAGAUGAAGAUUGGGCUGAUCCAUGUCCUUAGAAGGGUGAAGUUUGUCAAACUGCCUGACACACCUGACGUCAUAGAAUUCGACCCACUAGCUUAUGGUCGGCUGGUUCCAAAGGAAGACAUCAAACUCAAGAUUGAACUCCGGGGAGAUCCCAGACACAACACCAAUGCCUGACCUAACGCAGUGUGUAGUUACCGCAUGUGCACUCACUGCGUGGUUUGAAAAAUAGUUACAUAAACAUUCGGCCAGAUCGGCACAUCCUGACGACAGUUCCGUGAGAGUGAAUCGAUUCAUCCAGGAAAGAGUUUGAAUAAAA